AUGUCAUCUGCGGAGUACCGCCAAUUCUGGUCAGGAUUCAUUGAUCUGUACCGUCAGAACGAGUGCCUGUGGCGUGUCAGGAGCCCGGACUAUGCCAACAGAAUCAAGCGGAAUCGGGCAUAUCAGCAGCUUAUUGAGUACAGUAGAGGCAAAAACUCUGAUGUUGAUGUCGAUUGGGUGAAGAAAAAAAUUUCAAAUUUCCGAACAGUGUUCGUGAAGGAACGCAAGAAGGUGCAAGAUUCACAGCGAUCCGGAGCCGGGACUGAUGAGGUCUAUAAACCGACGCUCUGGUACUAUGACCAAAUUCAGUUCAUUAUAGAGCAAGAGGCGCGGGUAAGGUCACGGGACGCUCUAGAUCCAGAGUCUCCAGUUCUUGUCGAAGAGGAGGCCCAGGAGAGUCUGGAUCUGGAUGCUACCCCGGAGCUGGAGGUGGAGCCUACCACAGGCCAAGGGGCAGAAGUGGAGGAGACGGUAGCGGAGCCGGUGGCACCCCCACAGGCGCGCCCAGGAAGACCGAGGCGCACGGCAAGGAGGACCACUUCUGCAGCCUAUAGCACCCCCUCUGGCUCCCAGCAGUUUUUUCAACGCGCUGAGGAGGUUUUGCAUAGGCCCCCGGAUGCCGAACAACAAUUUGGCAAUUUUAUUGCAUCGGAAAUGCGCCUGAUGACGGAUGAUCAAAAAUUCCUCGUCCAACGGACUGUCCUUCGUCCCUACGAAAAAACCGGACGUCUUUCAAAAUAA